GGGGGGGGUGGGGAGGAAGCUGUUGUCUCCUGACUUCCUCGGGAUGGCGGACCGCAGCAUCGGCUCCUCGGAGCAUCUGGAGCGGCUGCACGAGAUUUUUCGCGGCCUCCAUGGGGAGUUGCAAAGCGCCCCGGAGAGGCUGCGCGGGAACCUGGCGGUUGAGGAGAAAAAAAAGUUAAUCCGAGAGUUUGAUGAAAAACUAAAAGAAGCAAAUGAAACGUUAAAGGAAAUGGAAGAAGAACUGAAAUAUGCCCCCGUGUCCUUCCGCAAUCAAAUGAUGAUUAAAAUUAGAACUUACAAAGGAGACCUUAGCACAUUUCAUAGGAAAAUGAAAAGUACGGAUUUGGGAGUAGCUCCGAGUGCCCGGGGGAAUUCAAAGUUUGGUAUCUUCUCUAAGGAAAAUGAGCAGAGAACUCAGAUGCAGUCUCAGAGGGUGUUACUGCUUCAGGGAACAGAAAGCUUGAAUCGAGCCACUCAGAGCUUGGAUCGGACACACCAAAUUGCCGCAGAAACUGAUCAAAUUGGUAGUGACAUCAUUGAAGAACUAGGUGGGCAGCGUGAACAGCUGGAACGCACCAAAGGCAGAUUAGUAAACACAAAUGAAAAUUUAAGCAGAAGUCGGAAGAUCCUACGUUCCAUGUCAAGAAGGCUAAAAUUCAGGAUUCUUUGAGUCAUGGGAUACAGCGUGGAACUGUUAGCUUCCAGCAUUCCAAUAGUCUGAGCCACAACAGAACAAGUACUGACGAGUUUCCACCACAGAUUCUGAGGAGAUUCUACACUUUAUGGAAAGUUACUGUCCAGAUUACGGAAAAACACAGGACUGUUUUGCAAUCAUAUUUGCUAAUGCUCAGUUCCAAGUGAUUCAGUUCCCACAUCAGUAAAAAAAUAUUUAAAAAUUAAUACUGUUUUAUUGUUUUUAAUUGUACCUGCUUCAGAGAUUAGUAUUUGGUGCCAGUCUGCUUUAAAAAAAAAUUAAAACAAGCAUAACAUAAAUGAAAUAAAUAUGUGUGAUAUGUGACACAUUUAUGAAAAUACACUAUAACUGUACAAUUAAUCAAUUGAUUGAUUACAAUUAAACUGUACAAUUAAGUAAGCUUUGUAAUUAUGAAUAAAAUGUAUUGAGGAAACUGC